AUGCAUAAAGAACACGCUUCAUCAAAGUAUGUCAACAUCACUCCAUCCAGGGACGAAUGCGUGUACACAAGCUGUUACUGGUAAUUGUCAGCAAUGCAUGCAUGCUCAGAAUGACGCUACGCUAGGUGGCUAGCUAAAUACAUAUAAUGGUAGCGGACUAAACUCCACUCUAUGGUGAAGUUGACCAUAAACUUCAUUCACCAUGGAGUGGAGUUUAGUCCGCUAAUAUAAUGGGUGCAUGAAUUACAUUUCAAAAUCUUGCUUUUUCAGUGAGGAAAAUGUAUGGAAACUAUGUGAACACAUCAAGACUCAAACGCAAAUACCUUUGGACGAGGUGUAUGCAGUCUUUAUAUCAAAUGAAAGAAAAAUGGUGAGUUGUAGGUCGUUAAAAAGUGAUUGUGAAGUUAUGUGAAUCUUUGUUAACCCUUCACUCUGUUAUAAAUUAUUAAUUUCCAUUCCUCUCAGAUCCCUAUAUGGAAACAGAAGUCCGGUCGUGGAGAUGAACCUGUUGUUUGGGUAGGCAGUGUCCCUUGGCUUUCAGACAGACAGAGGAUGGAGGAAUCCAGAACGAGGAAAUAUGAAGCCACACCCUUGCCUUUUCUUUAGCAUUAUGUGAAAAUAUAUAUAUAUAUUUUUUUAGAUUAAUCAAAAGUAUUACAACGGGUCGCUAUAUAACAUUUAUCAUUCUGUUUGUAGGAUUAUCACGUUGUUCUACUUCAUCAGAAUCAGCAGGGACAGAGCUUUAUUUAUGACCUGGAUACUGUCCUGCCUUUCUCCUGUCCUUUCAAUGUUUACACUACAGAAGCCUUCCAUACAGAUCAGGUCCUUAAACCAGCUUUCUGGAGGUAAGCCAGUAUUCAUAUUCAGUUAUUUUUAUUUAAUUUAUUCUAAGCAAGUAUGUGUGUCAAGGUGAUUGGUUCUCCUCAUUGAUAAACACUGUUGAAUGCUUGUCUAUUCAACGCUUUCCAGGAAGUUGCGAGUUAUUCCUGCAGAUACCUACCUGAAGAAGUUUGCCUCAGACCGGUCACAUAUGAAAGAUGCAGAUGGGACAUGGCGCAUGCCUCCACCGCUGUAUCCUUGUAUUGAAACAACAGGUACAUCUCAGUCCUAUUACAUAUUUAUUGCUUGCAACACUCAAUAUUUGAAUGGAAAUCACAAUUUGUCAGUGUGAGAAGGAUAUUGGGAUUGUCUAACAGAAGAAUGGGUUUCUUUCUAUCGUUCCAGACUCUAAAAUGAACCUGGAUGACUUCAUCAGUAUGGAUUCCAAAGUGGGAUUUGGACAUGUAUACAGUCUCUCUGAAUUUGUGAAACACUUUGCAGAAAAAUUAUGA